AUGUCCUUCCAAAAUGCCAGCAUUUUGGACAACAACACCAUGCAGGUGGCCUUUACGGAUGGACAUACCUCAGAGUACAAAGUGGAAGCCCUGGUGAAGGAACUCUCAGAUUUCAGGCACAACCCUAUUCAGCCCUUGGCCUACAAACGCCCAAAGCCGGUGGUAUGGUCGGGAGAUCUCAAGCUGAACAACUACGACUACUCCCAGGUUCUGAACAACGAGGAGACCCGCUUGCAGCUGACCAGCGACUUGCUGAUUCUGGGAGCUGCUUUGGUGCAGGAUGUGCCAAAGGAGCACGGGAUCGUCAUCGAAUUCGGUAAGAACUUGAGCACCUUGCGUCAAACUGAAUGGGGUCCCUUCUUCAACGUCCGUACGAAGCCGGAUGCUGCCUUGGGAGCGGCCAAGCGAGAUUUGGCGUACACGCCCAGGGCCAUCGGAUUCCACACGGACAACCCCUACCGUGAUCCCACACCAGAUUUCCAGCUCUUGCAUGCCCUGGAACACUGCAGCUGCGACAAGGAGGUCCCUUGCGAGACUUGCUCUGUCCUGAAUUAUUUGGUAGAUGGCUUCUACAUCGCUGAGCAGCUUCAGAUGGAGAACCCGGAGAGCUUCGAUUUGCUCAGUAAUGUCUCGGUGCGCUUUGAGAACAAUGGCGGGGAUGGCAGUAGUGCGACCUGGAUGAGCGUUCAGGGCCAUGCGCCUUACGCCAUACUGUGCUACGCUAUCGCACCGGAAAAUGGCCGUUGCUUGAACCGAUUGCAUUCGGUUUCUUCAGUGGCACCGGUUCUUGUGAUUGUGACCGGUGAUCCUUGCGGACCUCCUUGCAACGAUCCCAAAGAGCUAAGAUACGAUCCUUCUCCUGAUUUUCAUUGUUGGCUGGCAAGCAAGAUGUCCGAGGAGAAAGACCAAAAUGGUGGAGCUUGGAGCAAGGUUCCGACGUGGGACGGGUCACCUCAGACCUGGCGAAGUUUCCAGAGAGAGAUGAUGUGGUGGCAGUCCGCUUUGGACCUUGAAUCAACGAAGAAGUACAACCUGGCUGCUAGAUGGCUUUUACGCCAAAGCGGUGUGGUGAGACAGGGAGGAGAAGAGUUCACCCCUGACGAGCUGGCUUACCAGAAAGAAGUCAGGGGACCAGACCCAGUAGAUGGACAAGGUGAGAUUGUGAUAACACCUGAAGACCCACUAUCAGGUGUGAAGAAGCUGAUGAAAGCUCUUGAGGGCAUCAAUGGACGCACAACCUUGGACAAGCGUGGAGAAAUGCGCAACCUUUUCUACAUUGACUUGAAGCGUCGUGGAGGUGAAAGAAUUUCAGAGUUCAGCACACGUUUUAGGACUAUGCUGGCAGACUUGCGUGCCGAAGGUGUCACGCUGCCCACUGGUGAGAUUGGAUGGUUUUACAAGCAGAAGCUUGGCCUUGACUCUCUCAGGUUGCAGUUGUUGGAAACGGCAUUGGCUGGAGCUGAGGGCUAUGAAGAGACGGAGCGUGAGGUGCUGAGGUUAUUCAAGGACCUUCAUUUCCAAGACCCCCUCAUGCGAAAGACUGGAAUGGCUGAGACUGGUCAAAGGUCUCCCUUGCUGAACCGUUUUCUGAAUCAAACUGCAACUGGCAGCAGACCUCCUUCAUAUGAUGAAGCGGAUGGAGAUGAUGAUGCGGGUGGCCAAGAUCUUGAAGAGGUUUUGAAAUGUGAGGCUGAAGCCCUUGCUGCUGAACUUGACGAUGCUGCUGAGCUGGGGGUAGACCCAGAUACCCUUGCUGAGGUAGAAAACACGGUUGAAACAGCAGCCGAAGCCCUUGUCACUAUGAAAGAAGCUCGUACGAAGCUUGCAGAGGUUCGUCGUGACCGUGGUUACGGCCGUACAGCACCUGCCGAUGGAAAGAGAAAGGACCACCAGUCCAAGAAGCAGAAAAGCAAUUGUUUCGAUUGCGGCUUGGCAGGACACUGGGCAGGAGACGCUGAAUGCAAAAGGCCUGGCAUGAAACUUGGUCGAAAGCCGAAACAGGUCCAGAUCGCUGAAACCAUGAAUACAGAGCACCUGGUGGAUGAAACUGCAGUUGAAGAUGGAGCUCAUGAAAUCUUGACGGUGGCUGUGCGACCUUUGUCUCAUUCCUUGGCUGUGGCUUUGGAGGCGUCUCACACCAAGCCCAAAGAGGUGGACGUGGCUGUCGUUGGCCUCACUGCUGACAAAAGAUUGGUUGGAGCACUCGAUUCAGCUUGCAAUCGCACAUGCACGGGACCAGACUGGCUUCGUGGCUACUUGCAAUGUCUUAGAAGUGCUCCCAGUGAUGUUCAAAAUUUGGUGAAAUCUCAGACUGAGCAUGAAACGUUCAGGUUUGGCAACGGUGGGACGAAGAUCUCGCUGGAACGAUGGCGACUGCCAACCGUCAUCGGGGGCCAAGUCAUUUGCUUCUGGGUUUCUCUGGUAGAUGUACCUUCUCUUGGACUUUUACUUGGAAGAGAUUUUUUGGAAGCAGUUGGAGCUGAUAUUUCAUUUUUGCGUCGUGAGAUGCGUUGUGAACAUUUGGAUGGGCAUCCCAUUGCACUCAGACAACUUUCUGCAGGUCAUUACCUUUUGCCCUUGGUGCCUUCAAGCUGGCCUGCGGUGGGGGAUCACAGAUGGAGGAAACUAGGUCCAGAUCAAGUCGUUGAGCUGCAGAUGAGUGCAAAGCAGUGGCUGUCUCAAUUUUUUCGUUUGAAAGGUUCACAGGCGCAUGAGGUUUCUCCGCAUGACCACAUGUUGACAGAGAAGAGUUUGCAAGUUGGAAAUUUGGUAUGCACAGUCAUGACGACUGGAACUUCAAUGCGCAUGGCUCAAGCACCAACUAUGCGCUCUCCUUCUUUGAAGUUGGCGCCGACGUCAACAUCCUCUCCUACCAGGAAAUCUUCCAGCCCUUCGAGAUCCUCUGCUCUGACGGUGAAAAGUGAUGGACGCACAGCCAGUGCGAAAGCAAGUGGGAAGAUGGCGCCGAUUCGUUAUGCGCCUCAAGGAAAGGGCUCUCUGGGCCGCAAGGGGCGUUCUUCUGUGGGUUUUGCAAAAGCCUUUCUUGCGCUGGCUGCCCUUGCCGUAUCCAGCCACGGCCUCAGUGGAAAAGUGGAUCACACAAUGCAAGAGCCAAGUGCAGGGCAAGGCGUUCCCCGCAAGGCACUUCCAGAAGGCACUGGCCCAGACCCAAUGUUGGACGGCAUGUUGGAAGGGAUGGCUCUCAAGGGGCUCUCAAAGCGCCUGAAGAAUGCUGCUCAGGCGGAAGCGUUAGAUGCCGCUCAGAAGGCCGGGUCUUCGGCCAAGAGAGAGCAAGAGGCCCGAACUUUGAUUGGACCAAAAGGAGGAUUGCCAACCUUGAGAAGAGACCUCCUGAAGCUGGCUGCCUUGCUGCACGUGGAGGUGGACGAAAAGGACACUGUAGACAACAUCAAGACCAAGGUCCGUCCAAUGGUGGAAAUCUUGAAGAGCAAGCCACAGCCUCCUGUGGCAGUCAAGUCAGCAGCCAAGCCGAAAGGGGCCAUUCCCAAAAGUGCAGCUCGAGAUGCGAGCGCCUCAUCAAUGUCUGCAGAAAGCAGGCCUCUGACUCAGAUCACCGACCGCCAAGCAGAGAUGUGGGAUCAGAUGCAAAGAAUGGCGCAAGAACUUCAGCAACUACGAGACAUGGUUCCUUCAGGAGCAGUGCCAAUUUCCGUCGACCUGACGGCCAUGGAUGUGAAAUCAGAGCCAAUGGAGAUGGAGCUGACGGAGGAAGAAAUGCGUCAUGCUCAAGAGGCUUAUGCGGAGGAAAGAUUGGCAAGGAAAUAUGGAACCAGCGAUCGUCAACAGCUGGAGAUGGAGGGAAUCGAGAUCAGCCAAGCUCAGAUGAUUGCACAAGCUUGGAAUCGACAUGAAACAGAGCGUCUCCGCACUUCCUGGGGGCCUCGCAAGAUUCACCAAGCUUUGAUUGCUGAUUUUGAAGAUGAGAUGAAGAGCUUUGUGACUGAUGAGAUCUUUAUCCAACCCUUGAACCUCGCUCAUUCGUCCUAUGCGCUUGGCGACUCCAACGAGGUUUUGGAAAAUGCCCAGGUUUCAAAGAAUGUGUUGAUGCCUAAGAAUGCCAAAGCUUCAAAGAAUGUGCAGUUGCCUGAGAAUGCCAAAGUUUCAAAGAAUGCGCUAGUGCCUGACGAUGCAGAGCUUCCAAAGAAUGACCUCAAACCAUUUCUCACGGAAGUGUUCACUACCUCUCAGAAUGUGACCAAGGAAGCUGUGCGUCGUGGCCAUCAAGUUGGGGAUCCACUCAGCCUUGAUACAGGCUGGAACUUUCUCAUUCCAUCUCAUCGUGAAGCUGCGUUGAAAAAGAUCCGAGAAGAGAAGCCUUACUGUGUGGUGCUGGCUUUUCCAUGUGGCCCGUUUAGUCCGUUGCAGCGGCUCAAUCAAACACAUCCUGAACGCCAUGCAGUUCGACUUCAAGAAGGUCGAGUUCUCAUGGACUUUGCAAUUGAGGUUGCUGAACUUCAGAUGCGUGGUGGACGGCAUUGCAUUCUUGAAAACCCCAAGCCCAGCGGCGCUUGGAGUGAACCCGCCAUGCAGAAGUUCCUUGAGGAGUUCGAGAUCUACGUUUCCAAUUUUGAUCAGUGCCGUUUCAACCUGCGCAACAUUGAAGGCUUCCUUCACAAGAAGCCCACUCGCAUUGCCACAUCAAGCUCAAAGGUCAACUUGGAAUUGGAAGGACAUGUUUGCAGGCGCGACCAUUUCCACGCUCCAGUUCUUGGUGGCUCCAAGGUGACUGCCCGUGCGGGCAUCUACCCGAAGCCCUUGGCUCGUGCCUUGGUAAGGGGCCUGGAGAGACAAUUUGAUAGCGAUUUUGCAGUGCGUGAGGUCUUUGCAGUGGAUGGAGCUGAUGAUGAUGCGGAGGAGGAAUUGGCCUUCGAGGGUGCUGGAUUUUUGAAUCCUCAAGGCAAUGAAGAUGGUUCAGAUGUGGAUGAGCCGGACGAGAAGGACGGCAAGACUGUUGCGAUUCCAGCCGGAGUCCGAGCAGCCGUCUUGAGGCUGCACCAGAACACAGGUCAUCGAUCUGGGAAGCGCUUGGCGCGAGCUCUUGCAAUUGCUGGAGCGCCUUCUGAGGCCAUUCUGGCUGCCAAACAACUGAAGUGCGCCGUAUGCCAAGAGCAGAGACCGCCCAGAGCUAGAAGACCUGCGUCCUUGCCUUUGCCGAAAGAUAUGGGUGAUCAGUUGCAUGUUGAUCUCAUUGAGGUUGAGGACGUGAGGGAGACCAGGUUUUACAUUGCACAUGGCACUGAUUUUGCAACGCGUUUUCAACUGGCCGAGGUUUUGCCUGACAAAUCUACCAAGUCUGUGAUCAAGUUUUUGGAUAGAUGGCUGGCUGUUUUUGGCCCACCGAGGGUGAUGGUUGCAGAUCAGGGUCGUGAAUUUGUUAGCUGGGAAAUGGAAGAGUGGGCGAGUGCUCAUUCAGUUCUUUUGCAUCACAUUGCAGUGCAAGCUCCCUGGCAAAACGGAGUUGCUGAGAGAAGCGGUGGAAUCCUCAAAACAAUUCUGUCUGCAGUGAUUGCUUCUCAAGGAGUUUGCGGUGCAGAAGAAAUGCAGUCUGCACUUUCCGAAAGUGUUGCUGCCUACAAUGGCGACAUCAAUGAGCUUGGAACUUCACCAUACCAGGCGGCUAUUGGGAAACAGCCUAGGAUGGUUGGUGAUGUGCUGGGAGGAAUCCAAACACGUCUUUCUGAACAUGGGCUUCUGGAAUCAAAACCUUCUUUGGCUAGACAAUUGGCUAUGAGGGAGGUGGCAAAAGUGGCGAUCACACGCCUACAUUUUUCCAAAGGGCUUCGCAGAGCCGAAUUGGCUAUGUCUCGCAAUCCCACCAUUGAGAAUGUGCCUGAGCCUGGAAGCAUUUGCUACUUUUACAGGCCCCUGCGAUACAACAACAAGACGAACCCCAGCAAGAAAAAGCUCACCUUGAAAAGAUGGCAUGGGCCGGCAUUGUUAGUGGCCUUGGAGGGGACAUCAUCAGCCUUUAUGUCCUACAAGGGGCAACUUACAAAAUGCGCCCUGGAGCAUGUGAGAUUGGCAUCUUCAAUGGAACAAAUAGCAGCUGAGAAUUGGCGUGAAGCAAUUGAUGAAGUUGUUGAAGCGGCUCAACACGAUUUGACUUUGCGUGGAGCUGCAUUUGCCAGUGCACCGCCGGAACCCAACGAUGGACUUCGAACGGGUGAGGUGCCGGAUCAAUCUGUUGUCAAUCCCAGCACUCCUGCCUUCUUGCCUUCCAUUGCUCCCGGAACACCUGGAGUGGUUGCAGCUGAUGCUUCACAUGGAGGAGAUUUGCCUCCUAUACAGCCCCAAGAACUUGCAGGAGCUCUGAUGCAAGCUGCCGCCGUUCCUGUUCCUGACUCUACAGUGCCCUCAGCAGUUUCUUCAAGGCGAGGCAGCAUUGUCUCAGGGGAUGCGCUGCCUUCAAUUUCACUGAAGAGAGCAUCGAGCUUGCCAGCUCCCACAAGAAGUGUUCUUGAAGGACCGAUUGAAAAGGCUCAGCGACUAGCUGACCCUGCUGGUGUCAAACGAGCACCUGAAGUGUCUGCCGAAUCCUUACAAGCUGGUGAAGCGGAAACUCCAGUCCCUGUGUCUGAUGGAGGAAAGUUGUUCGACUGCAAUGCAGUCUCCAAGGAAGACGUGCUUGCCAGUCUUGGAGAUCCCCAUGUGCACCCUCUUGUGCACCUUUAUCAUCAAGCUUGUAUCGACAGGCAGCAGCCCUUGGAAUGCCGCGUGGAUGACCAUGGAUCUUGGGAUGGACGUUGGCCAUUGCCGUCCAAAGGAGAAUGGCAUCUACAUGAACGUCUUGGAAUGAUGUGGCCAAAGGGCCAAGUUGAACUUCAUGCUGACGAACAUGAGAUAGCUGCUGUUCAGGCUGGGAGAAAGGAGUUCUUUUGGAACGCCAUGGAUGAGGCUGCCAAGAAGGCUUUCACAGAAGCUGCCAAAGAUGCUUGGCAGAUCUGGCCUGACAACAAUGCGGUGGACAUUUUGUCCAAGGAUGAAUGCGUGGCCAUCCGACAGCGCUUGGCCAGGAACAACGAGAAGCACAAAAUCUUGACUCCGCGCUACGUGUUCACCGACAAGAAUGAGCCUUUGAGAACAAAGGCGAAUCCUCUUCCACUACGAGCUCGAGCCAGAAUUGUGGUCCCUGGAUUUAAGGACCUACUGGCCUACACCUUGAGAAAAGAUGCUCCAACGGCAUCGAGAGUGAGCCAACACUUUUUGCUGACUCUCACUGCAAGCUUCAAUGUGAAGAAGAUGGGUAGAAAACGAGCUUGGCGUUUGUUGGCUGCGGAUAUCAAGUCUGCCUUUAUGAAGGGCGAGUUCUUUGACGAAGAUCGAGAGCUUUACAUGGAGAAUGUCCGCAAUCCCAAUGAACCACAACUUCCUUUUCCAGAUCUUGUGCGGGUGAAGAAGGGCGUCUUUGGCUUGAGUGUUGCACCACGCAUGUGGUAUCUGAGAUUGAACAAAGCCCUCAUUGCACAAGGUUGGGAGCGCAGUCACAUGGACUUUGCCUGCUGGCUUCUAUGGUCUGAUGACCGAAAGCACCUGCAUGGAAUCAUCCUGUCCCACGUGGAUGACUUGCUGCUUGGUGGUGAUUUGAUUGCGCAGGAGAAGAUGCUUUCUCUGGGCAAGGAAUUGGGCUAUGGAUCAAUUUCUUAUGACAAGUUCACCUACUGCGGCAAGAAGAUUGAGCAAUUGGCAGAUGGUUCAAUCCAAAUCACGAUGAAAGAAUACCAUGAGAAUCUGAAGCCGGUGAGCAUUCCUGCACACCGCCGUGCUCAGCCAGAUUCCCCUUUGAAUGAACCUGAACGCCGUCAAUUGCGAGCAGUACUGGGAUCAUUGCAAUGGUUGGUUGCUCAACUGCGUUUUGACAUGGGAUUUAUGCUCUCUACACUUCAAGGAGAGGCACCUCUGGUCAAGACCUUAAUGAAGGCCAACGUGUUGCUGAAGCAGUUCAAGCAGCAUUCAGACUUUGCCUUGAAUUUCAAUCCGCUUGACCUUGAAGGAAGUGGAAUUUUGGUGGUGACCGAUGCUUCUUUGGGCAACGUGACCAAGCUUGGAGCAGCCGAUGGCACCAUUUCUGAAAAGGUUUACAGUCAGAGUGCAUAUUUUGUUUUGCUGGCAGACCGUGACUUGCUUUCAGGUAAGGAGGGAUCCUUCACUGUGAUAGAUGCAAGGAGUCAUCGUCUUCCACGAGUCUGCAGAUCCACGUAUUCAGCUGAAUUGCAGGGUACAGAAGAAGCAGCAGAUGUUGGAAUUUUCUGCCGUGGCCUCUAUGCAAAUUUCUUGGGCUACCCGAUGAAUCAGCGUCGAGCACUGGAUGCAAUUUGCGCUAUUCCUUUGGCGCUGGUGACAGAUGCGAAGGAUGUCUAUGACAAGGGAACUUCAGACACACCGACAUAUUGUGCCCAGAAGUCAUUGGCUUUCACGGUGGCAUGGCUCAGAGAUGUCUUGAGCCAACCCAACACUAUGCUCCGUUGGACUGCGACGGAAAACAUGUUCGUGGACUGUGGAACCAAGGACAUGGACAAUGAUCACAUGCACCGCAUCCUGAGGAGUGGCCGAUGGAGCGUGGUCUUCAACGAGGACUUUGUAAAGCAGAAGACGAGCAAGCGAUCUUCAAAUGGCGCUGCUGCGAAUUCUGAAGCUGCGCAUGUGAGCCUGAGCGGGGAAUUUCUUGGUGAAAAGUCACCCAUUUUUCCAUACCUUGCUCAGCUCAGCAGUAGCCCUGGCUGGCACCAUAGGGAUGGAGUAGUGAUCAAUGUGGCCAAACAGGCCAAAUCCUUUAGGACACCGACUGCACGUUUUGACCCGAAAGAGUUUUGCCUGAGGACAACGUAUGGCCGAUUUGACAGCGCAGACGGCCGAUCCGAAUGGCGAAUCCUUGGUGAAGCAGAGAAGUAUGGGGAAGCACAGAAUCCUCAUGCCCUGCUUGGUAGGUUGGAUACCGCCGAUGCGGAUGGCAACAAGGUCCUGAAGUCCGUGCGCUUCUCUGCGAAGAGUGGCCAGUAUGCCCCGCCGAUGGAUCUGCAAACUACUGCGAAUUUCUACAAGGCUCGACGACGUUUUUCUGAAUUGGCCCAUGAGCCGAAGCAUGCAGUGACAAUGCAAUUCAAACCUGGUGAGAUCUUGAUCUUCGACAACCGUCGAGUCCUGCACGCGCGGUCCCAGAUUUUACCUAGUGACGGCGAGCGCUGGGUUCAAGGUGCCUACAUUGAUCGGGAUGGACUUUGGUUGGCCUUCGAGCGUUUGCGAAGACGACAAGAACAACAGCUAUGGGAGUGA